GCGUUAGAAUGGUGCCUUGAGAUGCUUCCAUGUCUCCUUUAGAAAAUAAAGAAUAGAUGCCACUCUCUCUCUCUGUCUCUGUAACACACGCCUUUUUAUACAAUCAAAGAAUACUCUCUCAUCUUCCAUGAUGGGGAAACAAAACCAGUUCCACUGAGAAACCCAUCAAAACUCUAUAUUCUCCCUGUCUAAUAAGCUUAAAGGACUUCCAUUUGUUCCCCAUCAAGGGGCAUCCCUCUCUCUCUGCUGAAGCUUUUUCUGGUUUCAUGCAGUAGAGAGAGGACCCAGAGCUAAGUAAAUAAAUGGGUUCAUCUUCUGGACAAGGUAGUUAUGAUUAUCAUUUUAAGAUCUUGUUGGUGGGGGACUCAGGAGUUGGGAAGAGCAGCAUUCUCCUCAGCUUCACUUCUCAAUCUUUUAAUGAUCUCUCUCCUACAAUUGGUGUGGACUUUAAAAUCAGAGUGCUCACUGUUGGGGACAAAAAGUUGAAGCUCACAAUCUGGGAUACAGCUGGACAGGAGAGAUUCAGAACAUUGACAAGCUCAUAUUAUAGGGGUGCACAGGGGAUUAUAUUAGUUUAUGAUGUCACAAGACGAGAGACAUUUGUAAAUCUGUCAGAGGUAUGGGCAAAAGAAGUGGAACUCUAUUCAACAAACCAAGAUUGUAUCAAGAUGCUUGUGGGAAACAAAGUUGAUAAGGAAGAUGAGAGGGCUGUUACAAGGGAGGAGGGAAUCGCACUUGCAAAAGAAUAUGGAUGCCUGUUUCUUGAAUGCAGUGCCAAAACUCGAGUAAAUGUGGAAAAAUGCUUUGAGGAACUCGCAUUGAAGAUUCUGGAUGUGCCAAGCCUGCUGGAGGAAGGAUCAACCGUUGGGAAGAGAAAUAAUUUGAAACCAAAACCUGAAGAGCAAACACCCACAAUCCAAAGCACCUGUUGCUAUUAACGGUCACUAUGAGAUCCAAAAGCCAAAGAUGAAGUGAUAGUUAUGCUUUAUGUACCAGGAGUUGAAUAGGCCAACAUGAAAAGUAUGCAAUCCUCGUCAUUCCCUCUACUUCCUAUGUUUUUUUUGUAAUAUUUCCCCUUCUUCUUGGCAUCAAUUUGGGGUACACAUUUGCUAUGCAAUUUGCACCCAUUCAUGCGAAGAAUGAGGUUGAGCCUUACAUAUUACACCAGGUUGUUUGUACAACAGUUGUAAGAGAUAAUAGCAGGAAUGAAGGGCCAUCCUGUUGAUUGUCUGUGUGCAAAGUUGAGGUUUCCAACUCCUGAGAUGUUAAUAGUAGGAGCCAAGAGUCUCUCCUCGUAAUCUUUGUGUGUGAAAUUUGUUGUUUGAUUCUUUUCUCAUGAGAUUUAUAACGUGUUGAGAAGAAGUUCAUGAUUCAUA